AUGAGUGCAACAGAAGCUCGCCCAGGCGUUUCGCUACUGACGGUUACGCCAAGGACUGAAUACCAAUGGGAACUCAUCUACAGGUACUCAAGCCUCACUAAACUAUUGAGGAUUACAGCUCUCUGUUUCAGAUUCGUCUCACGGUUGAGGAAAGUCCACGACUCAUUGCCUGUCAGACACAUCUCUCCAGAGACCUUGGAGAAAGCGAGGCUCUUCUGGAUUCAGGCAACGCAAGCAACGUACUUCUCGCACGAGCUCAAGGCAUUGCAGGCAGACUCACCGUUAGCAAAGGCGCACGCAUUCAACAGACUGACUGCGUACAUCGACGCGCAAGGAGUCAUUCGCGUCGGCGGACGACUAGCGCACGCAGCUCUCUCACUCGACGCGACACAUCCGGUGAUACUGCCUCGUCACUGUCAGCUGUCGUCAUUGAUCAUCGCUCACGCCCAUCAACGGACUCUACAUGGAGGCACGCAGCUCACGCUGUCACACAUCCGACAACGAUACUGGAUUCUAGGCGGGAGGGCUCCUGUCAAGUCUCACAUCCUGCGGUGUGUCACGUGUGCUCGUCAGAGGGGGAUCCGUGCUCAUCAAUUGAUGGGCCAACUACCUCUCUCUCGAGUUACGCAGGCACGACCGUUCACUCAUACAGGUGUGGACUACGCAGGGCCGCUCACCGUCAAAACAUGGAAAGGAAGAGGUGCCAAAACAACGAAAGGCUGGAUUUGCGUUUUUGUCUGCUUCUCAACCUCAGCAGUACACCUCGAGGCGGUCAGUGACUACUCAACGGAGGGAUUCAUUGCCGCCUAUCGACGCUUCUCAUCCAGACGCGGCAUCGCUCAUACCUUACACUCAGACUGCGGCACCAAUUUCAUCGGCGCGGAUGCAGCUCUCAAAAGGCUGUUUAUCCAGUGCACUCAGGAACAUCAGCGAGUUUCUCACCUGCUCUCGCAAGAUAACACCCGAUGGGAAUUUAAUCCCCCAGCGACACCUCACAUGGGAGGAAAAUGGGAGGCCGUC